CGAUGAAAACAUGCGAAACUUUCUUCUCUGCAGCGAUAAUCGUCGAUGGCUAAUCGGAGAGUUUAACAGCGAAUUUGUGAGGGCUUCUCUUCCUACUGUGUCAAGGUUCUUUUUAUGGGUCUUCAUCGUUUUUGGUUAUUAUGAUGGGUCUUCAUCGUAUUUGGUUAUUAUGAUGGGUCUUUUGAUGAGUUGAAUGGUUUCAUCCAUUUUACACGCUUUGUUAUUAAUGAUUCUGAUACACUUACCGUUUAUUAUGUCUCUCCUAACAUUUAUUUCAUUUCUGCGAGGCCAAAUGGAGUAUGUAACUGGAAUACCCAUGAAGUUAGGAGUUUCCAACUAGAAGUGAAGCAUUUUGAGUGUCAUGGUUUGCGACAGUCAAUAAAGCAAGAAAUGACGAUACCCGAGGAAGAAGCUCAACUUCUGGAAGAUUUAGUCAGCGACUCCGUCGACCACUGUGGAAAUCCCGCCAGAAAGUCUUCCACCGGCGGAUGGAGAUCCGCCUGGUUCAUAAUAGGUGUGGAAGUUGCAGAGAGGUUUGCUUACGUUGGGAUUGGAUGCAACUUGAUCACUUACCUGACCGGACAGCUCGGACAAUCGACGGCGACCGCCGCCGUGAACGUGAACACGUGGUUAGGAACCGCCUCGACGCUUCCUAUUAUAGGAGCUUUCUUAGCAGACGCUUAUCUCGGUCGUUACCGGACAAUUCUUGUAGCUUCCCUCAUCUACAUACUGGGGAUGGAGCUAUUGACCUUAUCGGUUUCCCUAACCCUCAUGGGAUCAUCAUCAGAGCCACGUAACGAAAAUUCCUCUAAACCGUCUUUAUGGUUGAAAGUACUUUUCUUCUGCUCUCUGUAUCUUGUGGCCAUAGGACAAGGCGGACACAAGCCGUGUGUUCAAGCGUUUGGUGCGGACCAGUUUGACUCGGAAGAUACUAAAGAGAGAAUAGCUAGAGGAUCGUUUUUCAAUUGGUGGUUCUUGAGUUUAUCCGCGGGAAUUGUCUUGUCGAUAAUUGUGGUGGUGUAUGUUCAAAGCAAUGUCAAUUGGGCUCUUGGGUUUGGGAUUCCUUGUUUGUUCAUGGUUAUGGCUCUUGCUAUCUUCUUGCUCGGGAGAAAAUUUUACAGAUACCCAAAGAGAAAUCGCCAAGAAAAUAAUAAUAACGCGUUUUCAAGAAUCAGUAGGGUUUUUGUCGUGGCGUUCAAGAAUCGAAAACUGAGUUUAGGUCAACUGGAGGACGGUCCGUCUGAGGAACCUAAAGGUCCGCUCGAUUUCCUAGCAAAAGCGAUGAUAUCAGGAGAAGGAAGAGGUGCAAAGCCAUGUAGUGGUAGGGACGUGGAAGACGCCAAGAGUUUGGUACGUCUUAUUCCGAUAUGGAUCACAUCGGUGGUGAGCAUGAUUCCUUAUGCUCAAUACUUUACUUUCUUCACGAAGCAAGGCGUUACCGUGGACAGAAAAAUCUUACCAGGCGUUGAAAUCCCCUCGGCUUCUUUACUCUCAUUCGUGGCUAUAUCUGUUCUCAUCUCAGUUCCUAUCUAUGAGCGUGUGUUCCUUCCAAUAGCUAGAUUGAUAACCAAAAAGUCUUACGGGAUCACAAUGCUCCAGAGAAUAGGAGUCGGGAUGGUGCUUUCGAGCCUCAAUAUGGUGCUCGCAGCAUUUGUAGAAACCAAACGGUUAAAAAUCGUUGAGGAACACGGGCUCAUACACAAGCCGGAAGCAACGGUGCCAAUGUCCAUAUGGUGGUUCGUCCCUCAGUAUAUGUUACUCGGGAUGGUCGACGUGUUUUCGCUGGUAGGUACACAAGAAUUCUUCUACGACCAGGUUCCUAAAGAGCUGAGAAGUAUCGGUCUCGCGUUUUCUUUGAGUGCGAUGGGUCUUUCCAACUUCUUGAGCGGUUUGCUCAUCGUUGUGGUUGAUUGGGUUACGGGAAGAGAUGGCGGAGACAGCUGGUUCAACACAAACCUGAACAAGGCUCAUGUAGAUUACUUUUACUUGUUGCUUGCAUCAUUCACCGCCAUUGCUUUCUUUGCGUUCUUGUUCAUUUCUAGGUCGUAUGUUUAUUGUCGAAUAGACCUUGUCUAAGAACUCAAAAUACAACUUCUUUUGACUUUUCAUAUCUUAUCAUAA